ACAACGAACAACGGAACAAGGCAGACUCUAUAAAGGAUAUUUCUUGUUUAUGUUCUGCUAAAUCAUAUCAAGUUCAACCAGUUCGUUUCUUAAAGAAUGCUUUAUGCCCAGAUAACUUAAUCAAAGCUUUGGAGUCUACAAGAGAUUUGAGCUCCGCAGUCAAGGUAUUCAAGUGGGCUUCUCUUCAAAAAUGCUUUCGUCACACCGCUGAAACGUAUAGUCAGAUUAUACUAAAGCUUGGUAUGGCUGGAAGGGUUCAUGAAAUGGAGGACUUUUGUUAUGAGAUGGUCAACGUCAAAUGCCAUCAUGCAGAUGAAGCAUUCUCAAGUGUAAUUCAUUCAUUGGUUAGAAAUAACAGGCUCACAGAAGCUUUGCAGGUUCUCCAGAUCAUGAAUAGGGGUAACUGUAGGCCUUCAAUUGUUGUAUAUAAUCUUUUGUUGGGUGCUAUUGUCGAGGACAAUAGAGACUUUCAAUCUGUUCUGUUUUUUUAUAAGGAGAUGGUUAAAGCAGGAAAUAUUCCCAAUGUUGAGACCUUGAAUUAUCUGUUAGAGGCUUUGUGUAAAGAUGGUCGAAUUAGCACUGCUUUGGAUCAAUUCAGAAGAAUGAACAAGAAAGGUUGUAAACCUAAUAGUAGGACAUUUGAGAUAAUAGUAAGAGGUCUUUGUGUGCAAAACCGAGUUGAUGAAUCAAUUGUGGUUUUGGAUGAGAUGUUUGAGCUAGGUUGUAGAGGGGAGGAGCAUUUCUGUAAUAGCAUCAUACCUAUUUUCUGUAGGGCUAAUAGAGUGGACCAGGGGCUAAGGUUGUUUAGAAUUAUGAGAAUUUCUGAUCUUGUGCCUGAACUGUUAGUUUGUGGAUGUUUGGUUCAGUGUUUGUGCAAGAAUAUACAGUUGAAGGAUGCAAUUGAGGUUCUUGAAGAUAUGAUAGAAUCUGGUUUAACUCCACCUUCUGAUGUGUAUGUGGAUAUUGUAAGUGGACUUUGCAAGGCAGAUAAAUUCAGUAAAGCUAAAAACUUAUUAGAGAAGUAUGUCUGUGAAACUUAUCCUCAUAAUGCUUUGCUGCAAUGUUACUGCGAUGCUGGAAAAUUUACUGAAGCCAGUGCUUUACUUGAGAAAAUGGUUGAGAGGAGUAUAGCUAAUAGUUUUUCCUGGAGCAUUCUCAUAAGAGGUCUCUGUGAAAAGGGACGGCUCAGAAAAUCUUUUGAAGUCAUAGCUAGAAUGAUUGUUUCUUCAUAUUCCCUCAAUGUUGCCAUUUCCUCUGCUCUUAUUGUUGGCCAUUGUAAAGUGAGAAAGUAUGAGGAUGCUCUAGAACUAUUUAGUCAGGUUCGUGGCAAAUAUUGGGCAUUAGAUUCUACCUCUUACGGUGAGCUGAUUGAAGGUCUUUGCCACAUAAAGAAGAUCCAAGAGGCUGCUGAAGUGUUUCAUUAUAUGUCUACUAAUGAAUUUCCUCUCAGAUCUUCCUCAUUCAAUAUGUUGAUUGAGGCCUUAUGUUUAACUGGGAAGGUGACUGAAGCAAUCAGGCUACGAUCGUUGGUCUAUCAUUCAGGCACUUUUUGUAGUCCUGUCACCUACACCACUAUUAUGCUCUGCUUGUGCAAUUCAGGGAAAGCAAACAAUGUCUCUGUGCUACUAGCUCAGAUGUUGGUGGAGGGUUGUGUUUUUGAUGCCAAAGCAUAUGAUGUCCUAAUACAAGGCAUGUGCAUACAGAGCAGAGCAAAUGAUUGUGCUAUUUUAUUCAAUCAAAUGAUUGGUGAUUGUAUAGUUCCUGACUCAGAAACUCUAGAUAGUCUGCUGUCUUGUUUGUCCCGUUAUUCUAAGUUGCAUAUGAUUGCAAACUCAUUGGAUAAACUUGUUCACAAGGGUGGUGUUUUUAGUUCUACAAUGUACAACAUGGUGAUCAAUGGACUCUGGAAGGAGGGUCAUAAGCAUAAAGCCUGUAAUUUAUUGGAUCGGAUGUUGGAAAAUGGGUGGGUUCCAGACAUUUUUACUCAUGGAUUUCUAGUUGGAACUAUUGCUAGAGAAGAAACUGAAACAGAAUUAAGAGCAUGUCAUGAUUUCAUCUUGCAGGACAAGGUUAGCAACAUAUUGGCUGAGGGAUUGGAGAAAUUGUAAAGAAAAAAAAAUCACACUUAAAGAGUAGGUGUAGUUGCUUCUCUAAUUGGUUGAAUAAUUAACUUCUUAUCUUGGCAAUAUUGGAAGAUGCGGAAUGAACCAUUUCAUCAUGCUCCAUCAAAAUUUUGUGGAAUGCAGGGUUUGACUCUGACUUUUGUGGCCCUGAUAGUAGUUGUGGCAAAUCAAAUUUUAAUGCCUAUUUGUUAUGCCAAUAAUACCAUGAUAAGUUUGUUCUUGAUAGCUUAAGCUACAACACCUAGGAUGUCUUUGUGAAUUCUCAAAAGGUAGCAUCUCAUAAAUUUAUUCUACCAUUAUUUUCUGUAUUGUGCUGCAAUGCCGCAUUUCUCCAUUGUUACAUGAUGGUUAUAAGUAAUUAAUGAUAUAUACCUUGGAGAGAUUCUGAGGUUUCAACAGCUAUCAAGUCCCACUUUCCUUUUCUUUUUCUUUUUGACAGUAGUCAUGGGGUAAUCUGAGAAAAGGAAUGAUCCGUGGCUCUUCGGAGUCAUGGGUCUUUUAAUUUUUACUCAUAAAGUUUAGAAUUCUUUGAAGGUUCUUCACUUUGCAUCAAUUCAUAUUUCUCUUAGUUGUAUGCUAUGAACAUUCCACAGCAUUAUCUAUCCUUAUUAUCUUUAUAUUGAGUCUGUUACUCUUUUACAUUUCCUUCCUGAAGCAUUGGACUUUAUGGCAUUGCACAAUUUGAACACUCCCGGAUCAGCUACCACAAUUUCCUACACUAAAAUUUAGAUUGGAAGUUCAAACAAUAUAUUGCUGAUAAGAUUGGCUUGAACGUCAAAAAUGUAGCUAGGUGCAAAUCUAGGUACACGUCUUUUCAAAGCAGGGCACAAAUCUUUGAAAAAGAAUUAAAAAACAAAAAUGCAAACUUGAAUUUUAAAAGAUAUUAAAUGUUAAACACAAGCAUUACAUACAAAACAUAUUCAAAGUGAAAAUGAAGUUAAAGAAAACAAAUGUGGAUCAUACCAAAGUGCUUCAAACACUCAACUAUUCAAGCAUGUUGAAAUUUCCAGUCUAUUUAUAUUACCUCCUAGUUCAUUACUUUAAGUAGCUAGUGUAAUGUUAUACAUCUUGAAUUCCCAACCCUAAGAGAUCAGCCAUCUGUCCUUGCAAAGGUCCCUUGAGACAAGUCUAAACAAGUUUAUGUGGGAGGAUGGGGUGGAUCCAGACCUAAAUUUUUGGCCCAUAUGCAUAAAGGAGUUGGUUUCAUGAUUUUAGUGGUAGUUAAUUCUAUUUUGGGAUUGGGGAUCAGAUGUUAGUUGUAUUUUGCUUCUUAAUGGAAAUUUUUCUAUUUGAGACUAUUAGCGCUCCCCCCUCUUCUCGAGACUGGCUUCAUCCAGUGCAAGUCCAUGCUCACACCGUUUGAACAGCCUCUUGCAACCUUACAUUGGGAAUAUCUCCCCAUGAAAUAAAGCACAUAAAUAUGGAGGUAUUCCCAAUGCAAGGCUGUAAAGGCUGUUUGAACGGUCAUUGCACUGACCGAAGCCAAACUCCCCCCUCUCAGGCUUUUCCAUUCAUUCAUCCAUUGUGACUUUUGGUUUUUCUCCCCUUAUGAGUUUCUUAUCGUCUCAGUCCAAAACCAGGAUAGUGCAAGUCCUGCUGUUCAAUGGUGAUCACGUUAGCUGAGCUAUUUAUUCCCAUUUUCUAUUUAUCUAUCUUCUUCUUUCACUAUUUUUUGUUUUUGGUUUCUUUAUUUUAUUUCUUUAUCCAUGAUUAAACAUGAAUUUUUCCUUUUUUUUCUUUUAUUUUUGGUUUUCAUAUGCUUGGAUCCCAAUUGGAAAGCUUGAGCAUGACAAUUUUUAUUGGUGGAACAUCCAACUAGAAUUUCUGUUCAAAAUAGAUGGUUGCUAUGUAGUGUGUCAAUUCUCUCUUUUAAUCUCUCCAUAACAGUAAAUAACAAAUGAAUCCCCUUAUCUCAUUUUCUUUUUAAGCUGGAAGUUGCAAUCAAGUUAUGUAUGCAUUUUACCCCCAGUAGUCAGAAUUAAUUAGAAGUCCAUAUCUUCAAAGUACUCUAUUUUUUUAAUCAAAUAUUAAACCCAUGAUCCGAGUGAGACUGCUGUGUCCAGCAUAUUAUGGCAAAAAAAAAAGAGUAAUACAGUACUAUUUAUAAUUCUGGUAUAAAAGGAACUAAUGCAACAAUGGGAGAAAACCAGAAAAAGAAAACUGAAAUGACUGUCAAUUUUUGCAUCCAAUAAAUUGCCAAGUUUCUGUAGUUUAAGAAGCAAUUAAUUUAUUAUUACAAUGCUGGUCUCAAUUCCUAAGCUUUAAUUUUGUCAUUGAUGCAACAAAAGUGGGCCCCAUGUGGCUGAGGCCUAUAUCCGCAUGGCUCCUUUAGCAUUCAUGUACCCCAAAUCUAAAGUGAGCUUCUCUUCUUGCAAGCCCAUAUCUUGGGCCCAAUCUUUGAUCCACAGUCUUUCCUCCACACCCACCACAAAAAAUGUCAACAAUGGAAUUAAAUGGAAAAUAUUUUGUAAUUAUAUUUUUGUAGGAUACUUGCUUUGCAAGAAAAACGUCUUCUUCUUAUGAUUCUCAUAAAUAUUAAGAUUCUGUUGUUGAUAAAGACAGUAAUGAGGGGAUCUAUUUAAAGUUUAAAGAGCUUCCCAACUGAGCCACUAUGCUUGAUAUUAGCAUAUUCUUCCUGAACAAUGCAGGCAUACAAACCAAGAACAUUCUUCAUAACAUUGUUGAAGGCAUAAAAAUGUCUUAUGCAUGCAGAGUAGAUAGCAGUUAAUUUGCACAGCUUCAUGUCAUUAAGAAAGUUUUACAUAAUUUUCUAUUAUUUUCAUUUUGCAAUUGUCAAGUAGUUUUCUAUUCAAGCACUAAUUAACUUGAUUAUGUCAAUAUAUACCAGGUUAACACUGCGAAUCUUCUGUAGUUCUUUCCAGUUGUUGCACUUGUUGUUAUUUAUUGCUUAGAAACUAUGGUUUUUUUUCUUUUUUUUUUUUGUUUCUUUCUUCCAAUAAAUGAAGGGCAUGGUAUUAAAAACCUAUUCUUUUAGUUUAUUACUAACAGCCUUUUUUGGUUUGUUGGAGAUAUAUACUUAUUGUGGACCUCAUAUAGUUGGGUUAAGGCUUGGAUGAUGAUGAUAUACUUAUUAUGGACCAUGAUUUGACAAGUAGCAAAAACCUUGUUGUCACCAAUGUACAGGAUUCUGUAUCCAACUAUUGUAUUUCUUUUCCCUCUCUUCCUUUUUUGCUUCAAAGCAGUCAAGAAAUUUGAAGACACUGUUUCGGAAGUUCUGGUCCCACUUACAACCAACCUGUAUACUUAGCAAUUGAUAGUUCAAACUUUGGUUUACAUAUAGGAUGGACCUAUCCUGGUUUCUCUUUGAAGAUAAAGGAAUUAAUUCUAAGUAUUGGCACCCCUUGUUUCUUUCCUUUAUGGAUUGUUACUGAAACUGGCUAUAUAGAGAUUUAUUCACCUUCAUUUUGUGUUGGUUUAUUCUACUUUUAAAGUAUUUAUAGAAAAUAAUUAAAUGAAGUGGCUUUAAUAUUUAUUUUCUCAUGACUUAAUCUAGGGUGUGAAUAUAGUGGAGAUCUAAUCUAGCCAGUAUAACCUUUCUGCGGAGGUAUUUAUGUCAAUUGGAUAGAUGUUCUUUGUAUAUAGAUAUAUACUAACCGUUACUUUAUUUAUGUUGGUUUAUAAUACUUUCCUUUUUUUUUGAUAAAUAACAGAGACUUUUAUUAAAAGAUAAUAAUAGAAAAGGUACAAAAGGAGGGGUAAAAAUUCGUAACCCUCCCAAGAAAGCAAUUCAGAUUACAAUGUUGCUCAGAAGAAAUUAACUCUUCCCAUCCCUUGUUUGGCCAAUGAAUCUGCCAAGGAGUUGGCGCACCUCUUUAUCCACUGAAACUUGACUUUCAUAUUUUGGGUGAGAUGUCUAACUUUCUUUUUUUCAUUCAGAAACUUCCACAGACUAGAAAUAUCCCUCAUCAACGAAUUUAUAGCCAACUUAGAGUCACCUUCCACUAUCAAUUUUCUGAUAUUUAACUCUUGCGCUCUUUUUAACCCUUCCAAGACAGCCAAUAUUUCAGCUCUAAGAGAGUCCACCCCAUCCAAUAGAACCAGAAUACAAUGCAAUAAUUCGACCUUCAUCAUCUCUGAAGGCUCCCCUUAUACCCGACAGACCUGGAUUUCCUUCACUACUACCAUCAAAGUUUAGUUUAGUGAAACCUGAAACUGGAGGGGACCAAAUUGGGUGGGAUACAUUCUUUCAUGGAGCUGACCAAGCCAUUUCUUUCCACUUCCUGAUGAUGUCUCCUUCCGAAUAAUUUUUAAAAGUUAGCAAAGUUUUAACCCAAUGGAUCACCCUUAUAGAAAUCAGUUCAAUGAUUACACCCUUAUUUCUUUCUUUCCCAUGAAAGGUCCGUUGAUUCCUUUCCACCCAGACUGUCCAACAUACAGCUGCUCUUACACACCUCCACAGAAUUUUCCCUCUCUUCUUCAGCCCCCUAACAGUAGUAGAAUGAAAUAGGCUUUGAACAUUUGGGGGAGGGGUCCACCUGCCACCAAAAAGAGAGAAAAACCAACACCAGAUUAUAAUACAUUCCUUUCCCUUCUUUUGCUACAUAAAAAUGAAAUUUGAGCUUCAUGUAAUUUCAUUAUGCAUCUAGUAAGGGUAGGGAAUUGUGUGCCAUUUCCUCAUAUUGUCUUUUUCAGCCCCACUUUUCUUAUGCAUUUGCUGGUUUCAGUCAUAGAUUCAUAAUUAUUUCUUUUGAUCAUGAAGAUGGCGGUUUAGGUAUAUUACAUGGUUCCCCUUUAUCUUGCUUUCUAACAAUUGAUGCAAGAGAUCAAGGAUUAGACACCAUUGAGUUUUGUAACUGUUGUCAAACAGUUCAUAGACCAACUAGGUUUGAGCAUUAUAAUUGCAUCUCAAUUAGAUUGGUGGGGAUGUUUUAUUGUACUAAAAAGAGUUUUUACUUUUACUUCUAGAUUUUAUUCUUUUUUGAAAAUUAAAAGGAGUCUUGGUUUAUAAUGAAGGAAAUAUGUGCAUCAAAUCAAAUGCAGAUACCUGGUUUUGUUAUUAUGAAGAUCUCCUAAUUAGAUACAAUGUCUCAUCAGGUGGCAAAAUUAAGAUUUAGAAAGACAAAUUUCCACCUCUCUACUCUCUCACCUCCACAAAGAUAGCCUUGUUUCCAAGUAUGUAACCUUCUUAGAAAUAGGGUUAGUUUGAGAUUUCAAGGCUUAAAUGAUGUCUAAGAGACUCUGAAGUCCCAACUACCCUCAAUUCUCUGAGUCAUACAAAGAUACGUUCCUUGAUAAUUCUCUCAUGACUGCAGGAUUUGGACCCCAAACCCCGUUAUUCUUCCACUUGUUUAAAUCCCUUACCUUUGGUUCCUCUACUCAGCUAGUUUAUCCUAAUAAAUCUAUUUGGGUAUGCCUAGUUCCUUCCAAGAUCAGAUCCUUUUGUUGGAAGGUCUAUCUUGAUGGAAUCAAUUACUCCUUUGAAAUGCUUCACAGAAAAAGGCUCUAUUGGUACUGUAAGAAGUUCCAAAUGCUGCUAGGUGAUUCAGAAGCUGUAAAAAACAUAGGGUGACUCAGUUUCCAAAAGAUUUCACAAGGUUGAAAGGACUGCUUGUGGUUGGGCCUAAUAAAAAGGUGAAAAAAACAAAAAGUUUUUUAAGCGAAGCAUUGGGUUUUCUGUUCUUACUUCUGAAGAAGCUUCAUAAUUAGUUAAGUUUUUGUGUGGUGCUACGUCGGUGUGUGAGUUUUGGUUGUUGAGUUUGGAUUUUGGUGGUGAAGAAUAUUUCUUUUCUUCUCUCGAGUGAUUUCUGGUCACCUUCCUGUAAUCUUCUUUUUUUUCUUUAAUAUUUUUUUCAUUUUACUUUCAAAAAAAUUUCUUUCAACCCAUGCGUGUUUUCUUUAUAGAGCAAGUGAUGAAAAAUCUUUUCAUUUGCUAAUCUAUUUUAAUUUUGCAGCAUGUAUUUGGUAGUUUCUUUUCUCUCUAUUUAGAUGCAGGUUGGGCAUAAAAAGCUUUUUUAAUUUCCCUACUUGCUUACUGACAAAGGGAAAAGGAAAGCGUUUGUGGAGAUGCACCAGAAUAGGGACAUUGUGGUGCAUUUGGAAAGGGAGAAACACCAUAUUAAUUAAAGAAAAGACCCAAUAUUGGAAGCAUUUGCACUUCUCACGACUGAUGAUAUCCUCAGAAUUUGGCAACUUGUGGCUUCCUCAUAAAUGAGGCACACCUCUUCUGUUGCUUGGGGUCCUCCAACUCCUAAAUUGAUCAAGAUGAUUUUGGUUGUCUGCAGUCUAGGGAAUUUAUAAUUAUCAGUAGGGGAAGUAUUGAGAUAUUGGAAAUGGGCAUCUUAA